AUGAUAAUAGCGAAGAAAACCUUAUCCAGCGCUCAAAUCCAAAAUUAUUUGACAAUACCAUUAGGCAGUGAAGAUGAACAAGACUCCUCAGACGCUGAAAAUGAUGAUGACAUUGACGUAAUUCGAUCUACCGUGAACAAACUUUGUGAAACGUUUAACGAUACGGAUGACGAAGAGGAAUCUGUUUCACUGAAUAAGUAUGAAUUCGCUUCACCAUUAUCAGGGUCCUGUGGCAGUGAUAUGCAGCAGCAUAAUCAAAUCCUAGUGGUACAAUUCCUGAUGUCCCAAGUACAUCUAGGUCAACUGCUUCGCGAACACGUCAUUGAACAGUUGUAUCUUCCGCGUCUACUGUGCCAAAAGACGCUGCUCCUACUCCUGCUGUAUCCGUCGUCAGAAAAAAGCGAAAUAUCAUCUGGAGAAAAACAUUUCCAUCUAACAAACCGUGAGUUUUGUGGGCAAACCGAUUUAGAGCCACCGAUUACUGAACUUGAAACUCCAUUGCAAUAUUUCUUGUACUUCUUUGAUGACGAUUUUCUAAGCCAUAUCGUAGAAGAAAUGCAUAAGUUUAGUGUACAGAAAAACCCAUCAAAGCCUUUUUCUACAAGCGUUACAGAGCUGAAAAAGUACAUAGGUAUCUGUCUGCUAAUGGGCAUUGCCCCACUGCCACAUACUCGAAUGUACUGGGAAACUGAAUUAGGUUUGCCAUUGAUAAGAAAUACCAUGUCGGUAAACCAGUUUGAAAAAAUUCGUCAAUAUCUACACUUCAAUGACAAUACCACUCAGUCACCAGCAGGCAUUGCAACACACGAUCGUCUCCAUAAAAUCAGACCUGUGUUAGAAACCCUAAAAAAAUGUCAUAGAUAUCGAUUGCCCUCAAAUUGUUCGCAACUACAAUCACCAUAUGGGUGGAGUUGA